AUGUCAUCAAACGAUGACGUCGAUGCUUGGAUCGCUCAGUUGAUGCAAUGCAAGCCUUUAAGUGAACCUGAGGUGAAGAAGCUAUGUGAUAAGGCUAGAGAAGUGUUGAUGGAGGAAUCAAAUGUUCAACCUGUACGGUGUCCUGUAACAGUUUGUGGUGAUAUCCAUGGUCAAUUCCACGAUCUCUCUGAAUUAUUCAGGAUCGGUGGUAACUCCCCUGACACAAAUUAUCUUUUCAUGGGUGAUUAUGUCGACCGUGGUUAUUAUUCAGUUGAAACAGUCACUCUACUGGUCGCUUUGAAACUUCGUUAUAGAGAUAGAGUAACUAUUCUUCGUGGAAAUCAUGAAUCAAGACAGAUCACUCAAGUUUAUGGAUUUUACGAUGAAUGUCUAAGGAAAUAUGGAAAUGCAAAUGUUUGGAAAUUUUUUACCGAUUUAUUCGAUUAUUUACCAUUAACCGCUUUGAUCGAUAAUCAAAUCUUCUGUCUCCACGGUGGUCUAUCCCCCUCUAUCGAUACACUUGAUCAUAUUCGAUCGAUUGACAGAAUUCAGGAAGUACCUCACGAAGGUCCAAUGUGUGAUCUGCUUUGGUCAGACCCUGAUGAUCGAUGUGGUUGGGGUAUAAGUCCUCGAGGUGCAGGUUAUACUUUCGGUCAAGAUAUUUCCGAAGCCUUCAACCAUAACAACGGUUUGACAUUGGUAGCAAGAGCACACCAACUGGUCAUGGAAGGUUUCUCUUGGUCUCAAGAACGAAAUGUCGUUACUAUAUUCUCAGCACCAAACUACUGUUAUAGAUGUGGAAAUCAAGCUGCUAUAUUAGAAGUAGACGACGCAUUGAAAUACACAUUCCUUCAAUUCGAUCCAGCACCCAGAGCAGGAGAACCUCUCGUUUCUAGAAGACCCCCAGACUAUUUCCUUUAA